AUGACUACCCUCUGCUCCCAGGAACCCAGGAUCCUUUGCUUCCAACGACUGUUCUCCAAUGACUGUGCCAUGAUGCAACCUCAUGUCAUUGUCUACGACUCUGAGCUAGAGCAGCUGGAGUGUCAUCGGUUCGACCUGGAUUCACAAGCAACUGUCGUUAGGAUUGGCAUUAAACUUGGUCAUAUCGUCCGCUGUAGUAUUGGAUCAGGAACAGGAAUAUUGAUCGCAUCCAAGAGCGAUCGACCCAGUCGAUCCAGCGGGUUCAAUCUGUUCGAAUGGACACCAGCGGAACAAAGACUACUGCUGGGACACCUUGACGCGGAAACUAUUGUUGGCUUUUCAGACAGUGCACCUGGUCAACCAUGGUGCAUGUUGUUCACCCAUCCGGACGGUCUUCACGGCGUCUCUGCAAUGCUGGGUUCUGCAAUCAUGAAGAGCACGCUUUCUCGCGAUAGUUCUCCGCCAAUCCACCAGAUCAACGCCAUUCCCACAGAGUACAGGAACAACCUUCGGAUGUGUUACAUUCAAUCCGGAAUUUCAGGAUCAUUGGACGAUGUCGGCGACUGCAGGCGGAUAUGGGCGCACACUCGAUCGAAUGAACUGGUGUUUAUAGAAGAUAGGGCUCUGCAGUGGAGUGUACCAUUCGCAGCGAUAGUUCACAAGAUGCUCUGCUUGUGUGUCUACACGGAAGUAGGAUCCCGCUUGUACGACGCGCUCUUCGGAACGUUAUUACAAGAAUGGUCUCAGGAUGUCCUUCUGGCAGAUGUUCGCGAAUCAGGACUUGUCACUGCUGUCAUCUUACCACGGCACACGCGAAAGAAGCCCGUGGAGUGCAAUCUUUACCCAGCCGUUGGACUCUUGCGCCCAAAAACCGCAAUGGAAACAACAGAAGAGAGCAAGGCACGUGCAAAGUCGAACCUGAACUUGGCACUCGGAACGCUGGAAGAACAACUGGCGCUCAAGCAAAUGAGGAUUGAGCGAUUGCAGGCAUCGCUUGUCAGCAAGAGAGAGAUUAUUCAGGGUUGUCAGGAAAUGAUGUCGGACUCUCUUAGAUUCUCACUUUUCUCAGGACUGGGGCCGAGAAUGCAGCAGGACUCUAUGUUGUCGCAGCGGAGGAGAGGCCAGAGACAGAAGCGACUUUUGGAGAGAUUGGUGCCAAUUGUCGGCAGUACAGUCGCUACGUCCUUUCAGAGCGAAUUUGAUGAUCGUGGAGCUGAGAAGGUCAAAAUUGAGUCAUUGGAUAUUUUGGAGUGCACAGCUGGCUGGGUCGCUUCUGCGUCAAGAGACUUGAUAUGGUUGGGAGUCAAGGUCAAGAACACGUCAGACCAAGCUUUAUUUCAUCUUCGAUUGUCAGUGGCGCAACAAAACUCACGUGGCCGUUGUAUUCCUCGACUGGAGAGCCAAGGGACUGAUGUGUUAUUGGGGAUGGUUCAAGUCGACAAGAGGUGGCUGGAUGACUUUGAGCUGCUGGACAGAUCAAAGGCUUUUGUUCGGAUACUGACGGAUGCGGUGCAGCUCCACUACAGUCUGCAAGAGGGACAGGACAACUCUGAGUCUUUGAACUCGUCAACACUUUUGGUCCCAAGGUUCACAAGACAAGAUAUGCCACCAGAUGCAUGGAGGCGUUCUCUUGGUAACUGUUUAAAUAUGCUCUCCUGUAAACUAUGA